CGCUGCGUUCGCCGCGAGGCUGUUUCCUAGGAGGAUGUCUAUCCUCAUCCACUCUCUUCUGGUGCUCUCGGCGCCACUGUCUGUCGUUCGUGCGAAACAUGGUCCAUUGGGAGCUCGCCUCCAAUAUAUCCAUCGUCGUCAGUCCUCCGGUCCAGACCUUCCAGGCAAUUGGACUGCUGAAGGAUGCUACACGGACAAUACGGGCUCGCGCACGUUGACGGGGCCCUCUUACACAGACACGUCCAAUAUGACUGUCGAGUCCUGCAUUAGUUUCUGUUCUGACCAGUCAACAAGCUACGUGUACGCAGGCGUUGAAUACGCCCAGGAGUGUUACUGCGGCAAUGCAUUCUCGAACGGGGGGACUCAAGCCCCUGCCACAGAUUGCGAUGUGCCCUGUACGGGCAAUGCCGAGGAGACAUGCGGCGCGGGCAAUCGCUUGAACGUCUAUUGGAGCGGCGUUCAGCCACCGGCACCUCCCAUCACUGUGCCCAGUGUGGGUCUCUGGGAUUCCCUUGGUUGUUACAAUGACUCCACCAAUGCUCGCGCUCUCGCAAUCUCUCCAGCUGUGGAUGGUGACGUUGAUGUCGAGUCGUGUACGACUGCAUGCUACAAUUCUGGUUACCCACUGGCCGGAAUGGAAUAUUCGACGCAAUGCUUCUGUGGACUUGAGUUUGACAACGGUGCCACGCCUAUUUCGUUGGGUACAUGCGACAUGGUCUGCGCUGGCAAUAGCUCUGAAUAUUGCGGAGGUCCUAACGCACUGAACGUCUACAACUAUACGGGUACAAGCCUUCCCACUCCUCCCUCCAACCCUGGCGGAGGUGGCGGCGGCGGCGGAUCCUCGUCGCCUGUGUAUCCCGUCACGUCUGGCCUUCCGUCACCUUGGCAAUAUGCAGCGUGCUAUGUUGACAAUGCAUACGGUCGCGCGAUAUCUACGGAGCUUCCGGACAAUUCGAAUCUAACCGUGGAGUCGUGCAUUGCGAACUGCACGGCGCAGAACUUCACUGUCGCCGGAUUGGAAUAUAGUGUCCAGUGCUUCUGUGGCGAUAAUCUGGUCAACGGCGCUGUUACUACAGAGGACAGUGACUGUAACAUGGGAUGCGGAGGGAACAGCACGGAGGCCUGUGGUGGUCCCAACAGACUAUCGGUAUACACAUCGACUGACAACGUCACCGUAUAUCCAGUACCAGUCCCUCAGAAUACGAGCCUUCCAGGACAGUGGCAGUAUCAAGGCUGUCUCAAAGAGCCUGGAGCGAACAGGACAUUCCCCUACCAGAAUAUUUGGACGUACAACAAUACGGUCGAUGCUUGCCUGAAUCAGUGCGCUAUGUUCGGGUAUCCGGCAGCCGGUAUGGAAUAUGGCGAUGAGUGCUGGUGUGGCGACGUAUCGGACGUCGCGGAAUACAGCGACGGCUUCGCUAACGCGUCUGAUUGUUCGAUUCCAUGUUCCGGCGAUCCAAUACACUUGUGCGGUGGCGCGGAAAGGUUGCAGCUGUACUAUUGGAAUGGCGGCAUUGACGUGUGGAAUACGCCUGAAAACAUCGGCUACUACGAGUUCUUGAUUGGAGGCGUCGUCGUACCGCUGGUGGCUACUGUUGGAAUUAACGGCAAGGUCAGCUUCGUGGAGAAGUAUGGCACCAGUGAAUACGCCAACUCGACUGGCGCAUACGAACUCGACCUCAGCCUAGUCGACAAUUUCGAGCUAGCGUGGCGUACCAUGCACGUCAAGACCGAUGUCUUCUGUUCUGGUUCUCUAAUCCUCCCGGACAGAGCUGCUAGGCAACUCAACGUCGGCGGCUGGAGCCUUGAGAGCACCUACGGCAUUAGGCUAUACGCUCCCGACGGCAGUCCUGGUGUCAACGGCACCAACGAUUGGGAGGAGAACUACCAAGAAGUCAGCUUGCAGCGCGGUCGUUGGUACCCGUCUGCGUUGGUACUGUCGAACGGGAGCGUGCUUGUUGUAGGCGGUGAGGUUGGAAGUAACGGCGCACCUGAACCGACGUUGGAGAUCCUCCCAACGCCUGCCGGAGGACCCACCUACAAGUUCCUGGACUACCUCAAUCGAACCGACCCGAACAACCUGUACCCGUUCCUUCAUAUGCUACCCAGUGGUAGAGUCUUCAUCGGCUACUACAACGAAGCGAGGAUACUCGACCCGAUCACGCUUGAUACCUAUCAAGUGCUACCUAACAUGCCCGGCUCGGUGACUAGCUUCCUGGCAGGAAGGACAUACCCUAUGGAAGCUACUGCAGUGCUCUUCCCCCAAUACCCGCCCUACACUGAUCCGGUGACCGUGCUGAUCUGUGGUGGAUCGAACUUCGGUGUCGCGCUUGACAACUGCAUUAGCAUUCAACCCGAGGCAGAGAACCCGGAUUGGACGCUUGAGCGGAUGCCAUCGAAGCGCGUGAUGACUUGCAUUGCCCCUCUCCCCGACGGUACUUUCCUCAUCGCCAACGGUGCCCAAGCAGGUGUGGCGGGUUUCGGCCUCGGGUCCGACCCCAACUUCCAAGCACUGUUGUACGAUCCCAGCCAGCCGGUCCACCAGCGCAUCUCAGUGCUCAACACGACAAUCGUAGCGCGCAUGUAUCACUCUGAACUCACACUCCUUCCCGAUGGCCGAGUCCUGGUCUCGGGCAGCGACCCCCAGACGCCAGGAUACCCUGAGGAAAUGCGAAUUGAGGUUUACUACCCGCCCUACCUGACAGAUGGCAGACAGCAACCGAAUUUCACCGUCGAGGAGAACGACUGGAGCUACGGCGGCACGUACACCAUCACCGUGGAGCUAUACGAGGGAACGACGGAUACCAUGAGGGUAUCCAUGCUUGCCGCCACGUCCAGCACCCAUGGCAACAACAUGGGCUCCAGGACCAUCUUCCCAGAGUUCUCAUGCAGCGGCAACACCUGCACCAUCACAGCUCCCCCGAACUCUUACGUCUCUCCUCCGGGAUGGCAACAGCUCUUCGUGCUCGACGGACCGACUCCCUCGCACUCACAGUGGAUCCGUCUCGGCGGCGACCCCGGUGAGCUCGGCAACUGGCCUAACUUCCCUGACUUUACGCUCCCUGGUGUUGGCCCUCUUUGAACAUUCGCUCCUUUUGAGUCUUGUACAAUCUAUUUCCUACUGUCCUUUAUUGUGGUCGUUGAACUGUUGUACACUAACCCAUUCGUUUCUUCCGCACGUUCACUUUUUCUUCCCUUCGCUUGGUACCUACUCGAUUUGGUUUGGGU